GAGUCGGUCUGACGUGUUCACGACGGUGCGGUCCGCUGGCACACCGCGUCGGGCAGGCGAAGGGAGAGGAAAGAAGCACUUGUGGUCCUGCUCCCGCUGACUUCUGUGUGGAUUUUCCUUCUUUUUUUCCUUUUUGUUUUGGGAGGCAGUUUGCCAAAGUCAUGAGAGCUUCCGCUGCGGAACAGGCCCGAGGUUGUUUUGCAGCGCGAGUACGGCAUCGAGGCGGGCCUCACGGGUCACAUCUGGUCGUCUGGGAUUUCGGAUAUCAAUGAUUGGAAUUCACGCCACGCAUCUGUCGACUGAAAGAGUCACACAAGUGCUCAGAUGACUGGGAUGCCGAGGCCCGAGUGCGACUCCUGAAGACGGAGGAAUGGACAUCCCCAUUAUUGAGCUCUACUAAGUGAGAUCUCAAAGGGACCGAAACCUGGUCGUGGUCUACGCAUGGAGACGGAGGCGAGAAUGCUCAGGUGCAGGCCGCCCACCCAAACCAGCAUCGCUAGCCCGCACGGGGGAGUUUCCUUUCAAGGCGGGAAGUGAGGGGGAAAGGAAAAUAAACACGCCUUUAAAAAGGAGAGAAACUUUUGAUGACUUCCACCAGUACGUGAAAGGCAAACAGUUGGCUGCCUGUCCUCAGGAGAUAAUGUGGACACCGAGCAUGGCCCGCCUCCGUCUCCCAGUCUGGACUCUUUUCCUUGUUAUUCUUCACCGCUCGGCUGCUUCGGAGAAUGACGUCACUCCUCGCCUCACCUUCUCCUACGAUGCGAAGGAGAGAACAUGCAGAGGUUUCUCAGUGGGCGGGGUCUUCAACUUCACAUCACUCCUCCUCAGCAAAGAGGACAACACGCUGUACGUCGGCGCCCGCGAGAUCCUCUUCGCUCUCAACCUCUCGGACGUCGGCGCACUGACGCUGCAGAGAAACCUCACGUGGAGCACCCCGGAGAAGAAACGAGGCGAGUGCAGUUUCAAAGGAAAAGACCUGCAAACGGAUUGCUUCAACUACAUCAAGAUCUUAUUGCGCGUGAACAGCACUCAUCUGUACGUGUGUGGAACGUACGCCUUCAGCCCCAUCUGCGCUUACAUCAACACCACCGACUUCUCCUUUGUCAGAAGUAACACAAGCGAGAUCGUCACCGAGGACGGCCGGAGCCGUUGUCCCUUCAACCCCGAGUACAAGUCCAGCGCUAUCAUGGCCGAUGGCGAGCUGUAUGCUGGCACAGUCAGCAAUUUCCAGGGAAAUGAGCCCAUCAUUUACAAGAGCCUCAGCCAAGGAACGGCUCUCAAAACGGAAAACUCCCUCAACUGGCUUCAAGACCCGGCCUUCGUCGGCUCCGCCUACAUCCAGGAGAGCCUGCCCGAGGGCAACCCGGUGGGCGACGACGAUAAGAUUUACUUCUUCUUCAGCGAGGCGGGGAAGGAGUUUGAUUUCUUUGACAACACGGUGGUGUCGCGCAUCGCUCGCGUGUGCAAGGGAGAUCUGGGAGGAGAGAGGGUCUUGCAGAAGAAGUGGACCACCUUCCUCAAGGCGCAGCUUCUGUGCGCGCUGCCCGACGACGGCUUCCCCUUCAACAUCAUCCAGGACAUGUUUGUGCUGACGCCCAGCCCAGAAGACUGGAUGAACACCGUGUUUUACGGAGUCUUCACUUCACAGUGGUCCAACGGCGCCUCGGGGACCUCCGCCGUGUGCGCCUUCACGAUGGAGCAGGUGCAGAAAGCCUUCAGCGGCAAAUACCGCGAGGUCAACCGGGAAACCCAGCAGUGGUACGCUUACAACCACCCCGUCCCAGAACCCAGGCCUGGAGCGUGUAUCACGAACGCGGCCCGGAAGCAAGGCGUCAUGUCCUCGCUCCACAUGCCGGACAAGGUGCUGAAUUUCGUCAAAGACCACUUCCUGAUGGACAGCGUCCUCCGCAGCCAGCCCCUGCUGCUCAAACGCCACGCUCGCUACACGCAGAUCGCCGUCCACCAAGUGGUGGCGCCGUCCAACACCUACCACGUGCUCUUCAUCGGCACAGAUGACGGGCGACUCCAUAAAGCCGUGAGGGCGAAGAACAAGAUGCACAUCGUGGAGGAGUUGGCGCUGUUCCGCGACUCGCAGCCCGUGCAGCACAUCCAGUUGGACUCGGAAAGGGGUCUUCUUUAUGUUUCCACUUUCUCGGAACUGGUGGAGGUCCCGCUUGCAAACUGCACUAAUUACCAAAGCUGCGGGGAGUGCGUCCUCUCCAGGGACCCGUACUGUGCCUGGAAUGGGAGGCAGUGUGUCGAUGUCAGACAGGCUCCGCCAAGCAAUCUUCUGCAGCAGGAUGUGGAUAACGCGGACGCCUCAGCGAUUUGCAACAAGUCGGUGACGAGCACACGCUUUGCCAAGUCUGCACAUGCACGAAUGUGGUCUUGCCAGGUGAUCGUUAUCCCUGCCAACACUUUCCAAGUGCUGCCUUGCAAGCUGCGCUCCAAUCUGGCCAAGCGGCUUUGGGUGUUCAGCGAGACUUCGGGUCACCUUCAUUACCCCAGCCCGGACGGGGGACUGGUCGUGGUCGCUCAGGCAGACAAGCAGGAGACCUACAAGUGCUGGUCCGUGGAAGAAGGCUUUCGACAGCUGCUGGCUAACUACUGCGUGCGGGGCGAGGCCAAGCGCGAGAACGUCACCCAGACGGUCCGUACCCGUACCCCGGCCGCCUCGCAAGACCGUUUUGUCAUCCUGCCCGGCGAGAAUCACUCCCCGCAGAUCAACACCAAGACCUACUGGAACGAGCUCAUUGUGGUGUGCGGCCUCCUGGGCUUCUUCUUGCUGGUCUUCUCGCUGUUUUUCAUCUACAGAAACCGCGACCGCAUGAAGUCCAUGCUCAAGGAAGGCGAGUGCCCCAACAUGCAACCCAAGAAGCCCAGAAUGGCGCCGAAGCCCGCCGAGAACUUGCCGCUCAACGGCAACGCCGUGGCCGCCUCGGCGGCGGACCACAAGGGCUACCAGACGCUUCACGACAACUACCCGUGCGGGACGCCCCCGCACGAGUGCUCGUCGCCGGAAAACAGCAAGAGCUUCUCCGAAUCGGAAAAGAGGCCUCUGGACUUGCAGGAGAGCCGGGUGGAGAUCUCUCCCACCAGCCCCCGGCCUCGGGUCAGACUGGGAUCUGAGAUCAAAGACUCCGUGGUGUAAGGAUUCAAAGAAAACCAGACGAAGGCAAAACUCCUCGGAUGGAGGGCGAGAGGAGGAUUUUCACGGGAAAACAUUUUGCUCACACCUUUUUUUGCACUUUGUCCUCGUCUGUGCUGUCCCCUUGUGGUUCCAUGAACAAUUUCUUUUUGGGCGUUCGGAGCGCGCUGACCGCCUUCAGAUAUCUGGUGCUUCGGCGUACAGCUCAAAAAACGGAAUGUAACUUGCCAAAAUCAAGGAAGUGGAAAAAGAGAACAAGUGACACUCCUUGACAGCAGUAACGCGAUCUCACGGACGAAAAUAUCACACGCACGCCCAGGAGCAUUUCAACAAAAAGCACAGCUUCGCACCGUCGUCUUGCCUCUCAGUCCGUCCACAAAACGCUUUGAAGAGAGGCAUUUUCACACUCUUGAGAUUUUUAUUUUUUUGGGGUGUAAUUUCUUUGAUGUUUCACUCGGUCUGCCAUCAGGAGCCUACCCUUCACUGCGCCUAUGCACGAUCGACUCUGGCAAGGUCAACUCACCCCAGAUUUUGUUAGGACACGCGAGCCCGAGGCGACGUCCUCAAAAAGCCUCUUACGGUUUCUUCAUUUUCACACUCAGGUUGAAACGGAACCUCGGUUAAGGAAUUCUGAGACCGGUUACGGUGCGAGUGGGCUUGGGCCGGUAUCAGAUUCUGACGCGUUGAUAACCCUGAGCGAUAAUAUUGCGAUGUCAUGGUAUCGCAAUUACAGCUCUAAGAUAUUAAUUUGAACUGUUUGGGUAAUCAAUCAAUUAUUUCCGUACAACGGUAUAAAUACAGUGGUGCCUUGAGAUGAGAGUGCCGACGCGACCGACUUUUUUUGCCCUGAGAUACGAGCAAUAUUUGUGACAUGAAAGCGCUUGAAAGUUGUACCACAACAUGGCGGUGGAACGCUUUGCAACCUCCAGCCACCAUCAAUUCACAUUGGUUUCCUUGCAGUGAAAGGACAAUAACACUCGGUGGCAGUAACGUGCCAUUGAGCUGCUUUGCCAACUGCCAAUCCGCACCACAGAAGAAAAAGUACAAGUUUUAGUGUUUUAGUUUCUUCUUUGUUUAUUUA